AUGGACGUGGACGUGGACGUGGACGUGGACGUGGACGUGGACGUGGACAUGGACGUGGACAUGGACGUGGACGUGGACGUGGACAUGGACGUGGACGUGGACGUGGACAUGGACGUGGACGUGGACGUGGACGUGGACGUGGACGUGGACGUGGACAUGGACGUGGACGUGGACGUGGACGUGGACGUGGACGUGGACGUGGACGUGGACGUGGACGUGGACAUGGACGUGGACGUGGAACGUGGACGAGUGGACGUGGACGUGGACGUGGACUUGGACGUGGACGUGGACGUGGACGUGGACGUGGACGUGGACGUGGACGUGGACGUGGACGUGGACGUGGACAUGGACGUGGACGUGGACGUGGACGUGGACUUGGACGUGGACGUGGACGUGGACGUGGACGUGGACGUGGACGUGGACGUGGACGUGGACGUGGACAUGGACGUGGACGUGGACGUGGAGGAGUUGGACGACGUGGACGUGGACGUGGACUUGGACGUGGACAUGGACGUGGACGUGGACGUGGACGUGGACAUGGACGUGGACGUGGACGUGGACGUGGACGUGGACGUGGACGUGGACGUGGACGUGGACAUGGACGUGGACGUGGACGUGGACGUGGACAUGGACGUGGACGUGGACAUGGACGUGGAGGACGUGGACGUGGACAUGGACGUGGACGUGGACGUGGACGUUGACGUGGACAUGGACGUGGACGUGGACGUGGACAUGGACGUGGACAUGGACGUGGACGUGGACGUGGACGUGGACGUGGACGUGGACAUGGACGUGGACGUGGACGUGGACGUGGACAUGGACGUGGACGUGGACGUGGACGUGGACGUGGACGUGGACGUUGACGUGGACGUGGACGUGGACGUGGACGUGGACGUGGACGGACGUGGACGUGGACGUGGACUUGUGGACGUGGACGUGGACGUGGACGUGGACGUGGACGUGGACGUGUGGACGUGGACGUGGACGUGGACGUGGACGUGGACGUGGACGUGGACGUGGACGUGGACGUGGACAUGGACGUGGACGUGGACGUGGACGUGGACGUGGACGUGGACGUGGACGUGGACGUGGACGUGGACGUGGACGUGGACGUGGACGUGGACGUGGACGUGGACGUGGACGUGGACGUGGACGGACUUGGACGUGGAGUGGACGUGGACGAGUGGACGUGGACGUGAGGACGUGGACGUGGACGUGGACGUGGAGGACGUGGACAUGGACGUGGACGUGGACGUGGACAUGGACGUGGACGUGGACUGGACUGGACGUGGACGUGGACGUGGACGUGGACGUGGACGUGGAGGACGUGACGUGGACGUGGACGUGGACGUGGACAUGGACGUGGACGUGGACGUGGACGUGGACGUGGACGUGGACGUGGACGUGGACGUGGACAUGGACGUGGUGGACAUGGACGUGGACGUGGACGUGGACAUGGACGUGGACGUGGACGUGGACGUGGACAUGGACGUGGACGUGGACGUGGGGACGUUGGACGUGGACGUGGACGUGGACGUGGACGUGGAGGACUUGGACGUGGACGUGGACUUGGACUGGACGUGGACGCUUGGUGGACGUGGACGUGGACGUGGACGUGGGACUUGGACGUGGACGUGGACGUGGACAUGGACUGGACGUGGACUGGACGUGGACGUGGACGUGGACGUGGACGUGGACGUGGACGUGGACGUGGACGUGGACGUGGACGUGGACGUGGACAUGGACGUGGACGUGGACGUGGACAUGGACCGUGGACGUGGACGUGGACGUGGACAUGGACGUGGACAUGGACGUGGACAUGACGUGGACGUGGACAUGGACGUGGACGUGGACGUGGACGUGGACGUGGACGUGGACGUGGACAUGGACGUGGACGUGGACAUGAACGUGGACGUGGACGUGGACGUGGACGUGGACGUGGACGUGGACGUGGACGUGGACGUGGACAUGGACGUGGACAUGGACGUGGACAUGAACGUGGACGUGGACGUGGACGUGGACGUGGACGUGGACGUGGACGUGGACGUGGACGUGGACGUGGACGUGGACCUGGACGUGGACGUGGACGUGGACAUGGACGUGGACGUGGACGUGGACGUGGACAUGGACGUGGACGUGGACGUGGACGUGGACGUGGACGUGGACGUGGACGUGGACGUGGACGUGGACGUGGACGUGGACGUGGACAUGGACGUGGACGUGGACGUGGACGUGGACGUGGACGUGGACAUGGACGUGGACGUGGACGUGGACGUGGACGUGGACGUGGACGUGGACGUGGACGUGGACGUGGACGUGGACGUGGACGUGGACGUGGACGUGGACUUGGACGUGGACUGGACGUGGACGUGGACGUGGACGUGGACGUGA